AUGCCAUCCGCCCAAAUCAACCAACCCUCCAACCAAAUCCGCCUGACCAACGUCUCUCUGGUGCGCCUGAAAAAGGGCAAAAAGCGCUUCGAAAUCGCCUGCUACAAGAACACCGUCACCUCCUUCCGCGCCGGCAACGAAACGGAUCUAGACAACGUCCUCCAAAUCCCCAACGUCUUCCUCAACGUCAGUAAAGGGCAAGUCGCGCCCAAUGAAGAUCUGAAAAAGGCCUUUCCUGGCAUGACGCGCGAGGAGGUCGUGUUGGAGAUUUUGAGAAAGGGAGAGAUUCAAGUCGGGGAGAAGGAGAGGGGGGCGGAGCUGGAGCGGUUGCAGAGGGAGGUUGUGGAGAUUGUGGCGGGGCGGGUGGUGGACCCGGGGAGCAAGAGGGUUUAUACGACGGGGAUGAUUGAGAAGGCGUUGGAGCAGUUGAGUAGUGCGGGCGGGCAUGCGGGGAGGGGGGCGGGGAAGGGGGCGCAGGGGGAUAGUAUCCAAGAUAGGAGUAAGAGUCGGGAGCAAAGCGGAGGAGGUGCAGCGGCGGACACGCCAAGGAAGGGUGACGGCGAGGCCAACGGGGAGGCGCAGCAUGCGGAGGAGAAGGAGAAGGCGAAGCCGAAGUGGACGGGCGUGUCGACGACCAAGUCCGCGAAAUCCCAGGCCUUAGAGGCGAUGAAGGCGUUGAUCGCGCAUCAACCUAUCCCGGUCGCGCGGGCGCGCAUGCGGUUACGGAUUACUUGUCCUACCAGCGUGGCCAAGCAGAUGGUAAAAGUCCAGCAGAAGGCGGCGAACGAUGAGGACGGCGACAAGGAGGAGCCGGUCAAGGCUACGGUGAAGGAUACGAUUUUGGGUUACGUGGAGCAAGUGGAGAGUCAAGACACGGCGGGGGAUGAGUGGGAGGUGGUGGGUUUCGUGGAGCCCGGGAGUUUCAAGCCGUUGUCGGAGUUUGUGAGUACGCAGACGAAGGGGCGGGCGAGGGCGGAGGUGUUGGAUAUGGCCGUUACGCAUGAGGGGGACUGA